GAAUUAUUCAUUUUAAUACAUAAUUAAUUAUCUCUAAAUAUAAAUUCAUUUAAAUAUUUCAGAUCAUUUAUUAAUUUCUCAUCUAUACAGAAUAAUUAUUGCAUUCUUUCAUAAUAAAGAAUAUUUCGUGUAAUUAAAUAUAUCUAUAAAAAUCCAAAGGAAUUUAAAGCCUUUGUCAUUAUUUCUUGUAAAAUAUAUCAAAUUUCUUUUCAGUCUUUUCAUUUUUUAAAAAAUGUCGAAAUUCCUAUCUCCUUAUUAUACAGCAAUUGUUUGGAUGUAUUUGUUCUUCAGUGAGUUUGCAUCAAAUACAUCUAAUGGGGUCAGCACAUGCUUUCGAUAAAUUUGCAGUUGAUCAUGAUCAAGUUCAAUAUUAAUCGCAACCGAAUCUGACUUUGGGUAUGGUUUAUCAACAUCAAAUGAUGAAAGUGAUCUCCCAAAAUAUUUAAACAUCAAGUUAGAUUUUUGUAAGGCUGGUGAAUGUAAAUUGGAUGAUGAUGUUGUGAAUAUAAUAUCUCCACUUGCUGAUUCAAUAAUUUUGUUAUCUUCGUCUUUAAACUUUUUCUUGUGUUUAAUCAAUGAUAUUAAAAUUAUAAGAAUUAUCACUGCUAAUGUUGCUCCACUUCCAAUAGCGACAAGCAGCAUCUCACCAUGUGAUCUUCCAUCUAUAGAAACUGAAAUUAGAAUAACGAAAUAUACUCAUUAACUUCCUUUCGUGAUUUAAAUUUAAUUCAUUAAACGUAAUUUACGAGGCAGAACGUAAAGAAAGAAAAGAAGAUGUUUAUGCAGUCUGUUUGCAUAUUGAUUGUUUUCGCACAUCUAAGUCUCUUUGAAUGACAUGUCUUUUUUUUUCGUUUGUGCUAAAAUGCAUCGCAAUUCUGUUUACAAAUUCACUAGUUGUGAUGUAAUGUUAUUAUCGAACUAGACUGAAUGUCCGUCAAGCGUGAAGUGAAAAAAUUUAGAAAUAAGCCUGGCAUUUUGAGAACUGAUAAUCAUGCUGUAAUAUCACGAAAAGCAAGUUAGCAGUAAAAACCUAGAAAAUGACUUUUCAGAGUUUAUCGUGAAAUCUAUAAAACUGGAAAAGUCCCAAACGUAAUUGGCUCCAAACUUUUUUUUUAUUCUAGAACUUUUAAAAUUUAUUAAUUUAAAGCAUGUAGAUUUUUAUCUUCCCUUGUCGCUAUUACGAAUUCGCUUAGCAUUCCAGAAAUAUCUCACAAUCAAAUUCCCAUAUUCCCGACUGUAAAAAGCUAAUUUAUUAGCAAUUAUCCAUCAUAAUUUAAAUUACAGCAAUUAAAGUUUAUCCCUAUUGUUAUUAUUGUAUCGUGCAUGUUCACGAUCGUCAUGGCUAUCGUCCCAUGAAAACUGUUAAAAGAACCUUUUUCUUUACUGAAUGGAAAGUGUGUCGUUGUUGUCAAUUGCUUUAAGGUUCUGUGAAUGCAUCAGUUUGAAAUUGAAAUCAAAAACGUGAAUCUUUAGUUGUUGUAAUUCUGAAAAAUAUUCAGAAUUCAAGAGAUGAAAAAGUUGUUUGACUGAAGCUGGUUAUUCACCUCUGGAUAUAAAAUACGAAGUAUCAACAAAAGCUAUUGAUUUAUUGAAUUUGAUUAAAAAUGUUAUUGCAUAAUGUGAUGUACAUCUUCUAAUUAUUACUUAACUGUCUGGAUUCAGAGAUAGAAUUAAGAUUAAAAUUAUUCUUAAAACGUCAUAGAAAUGAAACUCUAAAACGACAAAAUUGCUUUACGGCAUCGUGUGACAUAAGCAGUUCGAUUAUACAAAUAUUCCUACUAAAGCCAACUUGUAAUUACUGUAAAAACUGUUGCAAUAAUUAAUCUUAAACCGGCAACAUAGAACUGAAUAAUCAGGAAGCAUUUGCUUAUUUUGAUAUUCACCCACAUAAUAACGGAUAACUUAGCUGCUUCUUGUUAAAUUUACGACAAAUAUUUUUUAAAUUUAAACUUUAAUUGAUUAAUCAAAUAAACCGAUGUCUGUUAAUCCGACCCAAUAAAACACACACGAGGAAUGAAUCAUCGCAAUUCGUCACCUUUCAGUAGUAAAUAAAUGAAAUUGUUUUGAAAACAUUUCAAUUUUUAAAUGAGAACAAGGAGCUUUUGUUCUAAAUGCUCUAUUUUACCAGAGUAUCACCCAAUUAUCAGCCUCUACGUCAAACAUUAAUUAACUCUCACAAAUAAUUCUAAAUAUUUUUAAGGUGUGAAAAUCUCGGUCAAUGUCAAUCAGUUAAAUGAACAGUUAAGGUAAAGAGAAAAUGAAAAUUUAACUUGUAGUUUUUUAAUUCACAAAGGUUGACGGCCUUUAAUGAAGUUUGCGAGAAAAUGUGUUUCAAUCUGACUAGUUUUUGUCAUAAUGAUUACCAACAUGUGCCAUAAAUUGAAAUUAGUUUGAAAGCUUCUUCUUAAUUUUUGGCCUAAAAUUCGAGUAGAAUAUUGAUUUUAACAUUAUUUAUCCAAAACUUUCUCUCUUUUCAAAAUUUGCAUAUUUCUCUGCAAGUCGAUAACUUAUACGCAUGUCCUUGACUCUCGACAAAUAAAAUGAAUUUCCUGACAUGAUAUUGACAAACGAUCACUUCCUAAUUGAGAUUAAUCUUUUAAUAUUCAUUGCAUAUUUAUGCCUACACACCUUUUUCUCACUUACGUCUACCUCGAGUCUACACAAAAUUCAAUGAUCUUAAUGUUUAUGAAACGAGACUCACCCGUGUGAUACAAGUAAUUUUCUGUUACUUUCUGUUGAUUCUCCAUGCUUUGCGGGUUUAUUUAAAAAUUGUUUUAAUUGUUCCGAUUACUUCCAAAAAACUUUAAUUCUUGUAAGAUUUUGCAGUAAUUGCUUGUAAUUUAACAGUGAAACUGAUCAUAAAAUAAUUAUUUUUUUGACAAUGAAAUAAUUUUUCAAUGAAAAUUUAUUGCAGUUUUCACACGACAACAAACAAACUUUCGAUUUUCUGUUUCUUUAUUUUUUUUGGCAAAUUUUCAAGAUGAAAUUCUUCGUGUGUAAACAAGAGCACGAGCUGAACAGAUUGAACUAUAGAAAACAAAUGUUUGUAUAAAAAAUGAACAGACGUAAUAGAAAAUUUUAAUUCUUUUUUCACUUGAUUAUCUUUAAGAUUUUUCAAUUUUCUCCAAUUUCACAAUUGAUUUUCAGGUUUUAAAGUCUGUUCCAAAAUAAAAAUUCUUUGUCACUUGAAAAUUCUAUUAAAAUAAUUCACAAUUGUCUCUUGCGACUGAUCAACAUCGAAUGAGAAAGGAAAAAUAAAAAAAAAAUCGUCAUGUAAAAUUUUCUAAGAGUAGAGAAAAAAAUUGUCAAAACACACAAGGCAAGUCGUUGAAACCGAUCGUUUUCUGUUCGUUUUGUUUAUAAUUUCUUCCUCGCAUGCCGGCACGACAAGAAAAUUUUUCGAACAAAAAAAAAAUAAAAACGUGAAUGCAUUUAGCUAGAUCAGUGCUUUAAUUGAAUGUAUGGAAAAUUGGGGGAGCCGGCAACAGUAUCAGUUCAAAAAUCUGUCAGUCAUCAUCGUGAUAAAUUAAAUUUCAUACAUAAUGUCAAGUUCAAUGUCGCAUUCUGACGUUUCCCACACAAAGAGAAACAGAAAGAUAGUUGCCAAAUUUCUGUUUUAGUGAAAUUAUGAAUAUUAAAUUUCCUUCUAUUAAGUAAAUUGAACUUUUAAAUGAAUCAAAUUCCAACAGAACCAGUUAAAACCUGAAAAGACUUGUUAAAUAACAAUCAAAAUUAAUUUCAUUGAUUUUAAAAUUGAAUUUAAAUUAAUUCAAACGAUUCAGAUGAAUUUUUCAUGAUUGAGUUAAAAUUUAAAAUUGAACAAUUUUUAUAAAAUUUUAUCAAAACUCUGUCCACAAAAUUGAAAUAUUUCUUUAUGAUAUUUCUUUUUCUAUACGUUGAUCAUCUGUUUUUCGCAAACACAAAUGAAAAUGAUUAUUGCUUCCUAGAAUUUAUUUUUGCUGAAAUUUGCCUCAUCUUUAUUGUCGUUUACGUGAUUAACAUCUCGUUGAAAUAAAAAAAUUAAAGCGCAAAUUAUAAAGUCAUUAAGUAGUAAUUUUACUAGCGAUAAAGUAAGUUUAAUUGAUUUACUUUACAGCUAUUAUAUGAAUUUAUUUUCUCUAAUAAUUUUUCAUAGCUUAAGUUAUUAUAAUUGGAGUUUUGCAGCGUAAUCAGGUUGCAUAACGUGAAAAACUGCGUGAGUUUGAUAAGCAUCGAACUUUUUGAGUGAAUUAUGCGCAUUUAAUAGAAUUCAUUUGACAAAUUUUAUUCAACUUAACGACUUUAAAGCUAUAAUAAUUUAACAAACAAAACUACAAAAGUUUUAAUUUGAAAUAAGUUUUAUUGUUUCUUAAAUUCAAAUUUAAAUCAUAUUCAAAAGUUCAAAAAAAAAAUCAAAUAGUAUAAAAUUGUAUAUAAGAAGUCUGGAAUGGGAAAAUGUCUCAAUAGUUUCUUUUAAGGUAAAGUAUCCAAUUCUAUGGAAAAUGGCAAUCUUUUUAGUCUUUUCGUCUCAAUCAAUCGGUAGGAAUGGAAAAUAAAGAAAUAUAUUUCUUAUAAGUUAAGUAUAAAAAAAUUAAGUUGUUAUAAAAAUUCAAUCUUAAAGUUAAAAUAUUGCAAGAAAAAUGAUUAAAUCAAAAUAUAUUCGAUUUCUUAAAAAUCUUGAUUACUUUUUAAUUAUUUUGCUGUAAAAUCCUUCAAAUCCAAGAACCAUGGCAAGAAUACUCAUUCUGACAUACAUUCCAUAUUCAGCUUGUCUAAAGUAUGCAGCACGUUUGUCAUUGUCGAAAGCCUUAUCAAUUUCAUCAUUUCUAGGUAAUGGAUGCAUGACAAUCAUUUUUGUUUUUGCACGUGCCAUCAACUUUGGCGUGACUACAUAUGAGCCGCAAAUGCUUUUGUAUUCCUCCUCGCUAGUAAAGCGCUCUUUUUGAAUUCGAGUCAUGUAUAGAACGUCUGUUUCCGGGAGGAUUUCUUCAAUUGAAUUAUAAUAAUGCUGAGAUAUUCCUUUUUUAGCAACAUAUUUGAUUACUUUUUCUGGCAUUGCUAAUGAUGCUGGGCUCACAUAAUUGAUGGUAACAUCAUAUAAUGUCAACAAUCGAGCAAGAGAGUGUACUGUACGACCAUGUUUCAAGUCACCAACCAUUGUGAUUGUCAAUCCUUUAACGGUACCGAAUUCUUCACGAAUUGUGAAAACGUCAAGCAAUGCUUGAGUUGGAUGUUCUCCAAUUCCAUCACCAGCAUUGAUUACUGGUUUUUGAGAGACAUCAGCUGCACGUGCCAUUGCACCAACUUCUGGAUGACGAAGAACGACAACAUCAGAAUAACCAGACAUAACAGAAAUUGAAUCUUCUAAUGAUUCUCCCUUCUUAACUGAGGAGCUUGUUUCAUCCAUAUAAAUGACUCUUCCGCCAAGUCUUUGCAUUGCAGCAGCAAAGCUACAACAUGUUCUUGUAGAUACUUCAUAGAAACAUGAGGCCAUAACUUUUCCACGUAAAACUUCGUCCAGUACUGAUUUUUUUAGAAUUGUAGCCUUAAACUGUUUGGCUAAGUCAAAAAUGUCUCUUAAUUGAUCCUUCUCUGUAAACAUUUCGACACUUAAAAUAUGCUUUCCAGCUAAAUUCUUCGAAAAACCACGACCUUGAGGUUCUGCAUAAUUCUCUCGAUAAAAUUGACUUCCAGCUGAGUCAAGACGUGUUCUUGGAAGUGGUGACAAUGCCGAAUAGAAGUUGGGCAUCUUCAACAUAUUCGAUUCUGGAAUUUUAACAUUUAGUUCUUCAUCCAUUUCGAGAGAUGUAUUUAUUUUUUCAAUUGAUCCUGUUGAUGUUCUAUCCAUAUCAUCCAUUUGCAUUCUACGACUCCAUUGACGUACAUUUUGUCCAAAUCCAGGUUCAGCAAGAACUUCGCCAUCGACGAAAGCAACUUCACCGCGUAAAACUACUCGAGAAACGCAUCCUUUAACCUUCAUUCCAGCAAAUGGUGUCCAACGAGCUUUAGAAUGUUUUAACUCAUUAGGAAUUGUCCAUUCCUCAUCCAUGUCCACUUCAACAUAUGUAUUUUGCUGUUCAGGCAAGUUGAAAAUCUUACGUGGAUUUUUAUAGAACUUUUUAAUCAAGUCAUCCAUAGUCAGACGUCCAUCAUUAACGGCUGUUAAUAAUAACGGCAAUAUGGUUUCUAAGCCUGGGAAUCCUGGUGGUGGCUUAUCGGAAUCUUUUUCUUCAGUUGUGUGUGGAGCAUGAUCAGUUGCGAAGCAAUCAAUGAUAUCCAUAUUAUCCCACAAAGCUUGUUGAUCCUCAGGUGAGCAUAAAACUGGACGAACUUCUCCUCGACCACCGCCAAUACGAUUCAAGUCUUUUGUAGACAAGAAUAAGUGAUGAGGACAUACUUCACAUGUAACCUUCAUUCCACGUUCCUUUGCUGUUUUAAUAAUAGAAAUUUCUUCUUUUCUUGCGACGUGACAAACAUGAAUUGGACGAUCAAUUAAAUUCGCCAAAAGAAUAAUAGCAGCAGUAGCUUGCUUUUCAGCAUGUACACACAAUGGAGCAUUUUUGGGCCAAUUAGACAAGUGUUUUUCCCAAACUGUCAUGUCAUUGAGUUUUAAUGUUGUGAAUGUCUCAUUUAAAUACAUUUUCAAUGCUGCUGCUUCAGGUGCCAGUUCAAAGAUUUGAUUGUAAUUAUCAGAUGAUGCACCGACAAACAAUGCAUAAUCACAACGUGCUCCACUCUUGGCAAGAUCUUUAAACAGUGUAAAGUUUUGUUGAUUGACAAUUGCUGGAUUUGUGUUUGGCAUAGCACAAACUAAUGUUAUUCCGCCAGCCAAUGCAGCUGCAGUUCCGGAUGCAAAAUCUUCUUUGUGAGUUGCUCCAGGUUCUCUCAAAUGUACAUGAACGUCAAUAAAUCCUGGUAAUUUUAUCAUUGUACGACUUGUCAUGCAAUCAGUGUGAGUUUUCAUCGGUGGUGCACGUCCAGAUAAUCGCAUUGCUUCGACAAGUAAUUUCGUACAUUUGACGUCAGUAACUAGAGGAAUAGAAUAGUCAACUGCCAAACGACGUGUUCGAUAUCCAUGAGUCAUGAAUGACGAAACUCUGUUGAAGGAAAAAACGACAUUUAAGUUAGUAAUAAAGCCUUCGAUUCAUAAUUACAAGGAAUCUUACCUUCGAGCACCGCCACCACGCAUUGGAAGGUUGAUAACCAUGUCAAUUUUUUUGUCAGCUAAGAAUGCAGCUAAAUGAUGUAAUUCACUAUCGGUUUCACUAUCGAUAUUAUCAAAUGUCCAUUGAACAGCCUCAACCUAUAGAGAAAAAUUAUUGAAUUAGUUGUGUACAUGCUAGAUAGGAAUGAAUUUUGCGAAAAUGUUUUCUAAUUUUUCAGCUCUAAAAAAUUUUUUCUUUGGUAUUCCAAUUGCUUAUUAAUAGUUUCAAAGAACAUGCCGAUAUCAGUGGUACAUAUGUUUAAUGAUAAGAUUCAGCUGGUGGAAGACAUUAAAGUUAGGUCACAUCUGUACUUGGAGUCAUUUUUUCACAACAAUUUUCCGGUAUUUUUACAUUACUUGCGGAUGUUUCAAUUAACAACAGGAAUUGCCUCUUGAUUGGUCUUUCAAUUGCUUACAAACAUCUUCAAUUAAUUGCUUUUUAGUCAGUUCUUUCAGUUCUUUUCGCGAGACAAGUGGAGUAAAAUCGAAUAGGAGUUAUUGAUUGAACCUUAUGAUAGUUUGUGAAUAUUCUUGAAUAUUUUGGUGAUAGUUCAUAUGAGAAUUGCCUUUGUAUGACAAUAUUGUGCAGUUUAAGAAAUGGGAACUUUACAGAAUUAAUGGUUUAAGGAAUUUUUUUGUACCGUGUCGCCAUUUUCAAUUUCUUUCAUCUUUGCCGCUUAUCAUUUAACAAAAAAUGGGCCAUUUACCUUCGAAAUUGACAAAAAAGAAUGCAAAACCAAAAAUCAAAAAGAAAGGAAAGGUUAAAAAGUCACCAAGCUUUAACAAUAAAGCUCCAAACUUUUCACCAAUUAAUGCCUUUUCUUUUGAAAAUAAUGACGAUAUUGAUGCAAGAAGGAAAAUGCAGGAUCAACUGGCAUUCGAUAGUGACAUAUUCGUAUUAAAUCAAAUGAUGAUGUGCGUGCAGUUUUUCGGAAAUUUUGAAAGAGACCUUUGGGAGGCAAUAGAACUAAACAGUCGAAAAGAGAAUCAAAAGACAAAAUGUCUAACAAAACAUUGUAAGACAGUCAUGUUACCCGACAGACUAGCUGAGGCAAUUGAUCGACGUGUAAAGUAUGUGGAGAAGCACGGUAAAAUGAAAAAUCAACUUCAACCAUUGCACACGCAGGCACUUUAUAUAAUACAUGAUAAUAUUGAAAUUCUUAAUCCUGGCGACACUACAAUGUAUGCAAUUGCUGACGAUGCACCAAUUUAUAAAUUCCAAAUUGAAAAUCCUUACGAAAGUGCUAGAAGGAAGAAGGUCAUUCAUCAUGCUGGCUAUAUUAAGCUGAAAAGUUCUGAUAAGAUCACGAAAAAUGACUUUGUUAUUUAUAAUUCAUCAUCAGAUAGUCAAUAUGUUAGUGGAUCAAUCAAAAAUGAAACAGAAGACGACGGAACAUAUGGCGAUAAUGAGGAAGACGAAUUUGAUGAAGACCAAAAGCUUGAAAAUGUCAAAAUACGCAACAGUUUAAAUUAUGCUCGAAAUGUCAACAAUAUUUUUGAACAAAAAAUGGGAUACUAUACAGCAUCAAUGAACUCUAUAACACCAAGCAGCAGUGAAUAUGAUUACACAUACAUUAAAGCUCUUAAUACCCCAAAACCUUUGAAUAUUGUAUAUGAAGAUGAAUCAACCAUUAAGCCAUUAUCUACAGUCAUGCUACCAGAUUCAUGUGUAACUACUGUUAGUCGAUUUAUGAUUCAUAGUAGACAACAGGAUCAAUUUUAUAGGAAUUCAACUGAAGAUGAAGACAUUCAUAGCUCUGAUGAAAAAUUACAACAUGACAGGAAGACUGAUGCUAGUGAACAUCCUAAAGAAUCCUUUUACUACGAAGACAAGCAAUAUUUAAAUUCAAGAGGCUUCCUUACACAUUUUAUACAUCUUUUUAGGCAGACAUUAGCAAAUGAAUUGGGAAUUUCUGAGGAAGUGUUAAAAAAUGCAACAUGGAAGGGAUCAUCAGUAUAUUGUGAUCCAUGGGAAAUUAUUCCUGCUAUUUCAUCUCCUUGGCCACGCGAGGCAAAUGAGUGGAUUUAUCGAAGACGUGAAAUUCGAAUUGAUCCAAUAACUAACCUUCCAUAUCAGUGGCCAUCACUAGAAAUGAUUGAGAAAAUUACUAAUUUUGGAUGCUAUGUCAUUCCACAAGGUUUUGCGCCAAAAGUUGGAUCUAAUCCGCAACGUGAAUUGGAAUGGAAAAUUGUAUUUCCUGAAGCUGAAAAGUUUUUGGAAAGUCGCUUGACAUUUGCUCAGAUAAAAAUUUACAUGAUAACUAAAGCUUUAAUUAAAGCAUUUAUUGAGCCUGGUAUAGAGCGUGGCGUUAAUAUGUUUACAGCAGAGCACAUACGAAGUCAUUUAUUUUGGCAAUGUGAGCAUAAUUAUACAGCAUGGAGUGAAGAUCUUUUGGGAGAAGGACUUUUGAAGUUUCUAUCUUCACUUCUUCAAUGCAUUAAGACGCAUCGACUUCCUGAUUAUUUCAUCCCGAAGAGAAAUUUGCUUGAAACUAUUCCAGAGAAGAUCUUGGUUGAUCUCCAUAAAAAGAUUUAUAGAAUCAUUGAGAAUCCAGUUCCUUAUGUAUUGAUUGCCAUAAGAAACUUGAGAUAUCAACGGAACUUCUACCCAAAACUUAAAUGUAAGAGACUAUAUUCGAGACUAUUGAUCGAUGAUCCAUCAAAAAUGUUAUAUCCAAGUCAAGAAAUGACUAUAAAUGAUUAUGUACCAGAUCAACAUUCUGAAGAGGAUGAAAAUGACGGAAUUUCUUUAGCAACAAUUCCUUAUUUUGAUCAGAAAGAGAGGAAAUCAAGAAAAAAACGAACAAGAUGUGUAAGAUUUGUUCUUGAUGAUAAGUACGUUGCUGCUUAUUCAAAAAAGAAGGAAAUUGAAGAAAAAGGAAGGAAGGUAUCGAUUGAAUCAAUUGAUACAAAGGUAAAGGUUGUCUUUCUUAAACACAUGGAAAUAUUGAGACGAAAAUUAAUCUACAAAUUGUUUAUAGAACAAUUCAUUGAUAUGACAAAAUUAUCAUUGACAAAAUAUCAAGCAUAUCAACAAGCAAUGUCUCAGCUCAAUCAAGCUGAAAGGCUUUGUUAUCUCUUAGCAGAUGAUAAGUUUUAUCAAGAUGCACAAGUUUAUAUGGAAACUAUUGAAACAUUGCGAGACAGCAUUCAAAAAUUAAAAAUGGAAAAUUUACAUGGACCAGAACUACCUCGUCGAAAGAGUCUGGCAAAUGAAAUAACGAUUGGUAAUGAACCAAUUUAUGAAGAUCAAAUCGACACAAAUAAUAAUAGUGAGGGAAUUCCAUCAGAUGAUGAUAACGAUGAAAUUUACAGUUAUCAUAAAUCAGUUGUAGCUCAGAUACACGCCACAACAUCUGAAAAUUUAGCACGUUUUCAACACACGGACGAGUGUGAUGAUGAAAUUGAAGGUGUUACACGAACUGUCGAAAGAUUAAAUCUUAGCAGAAGUAACGAAAACGUGGAUGAUGUAACAGCUUUAUGAAAAGCUUUUUUUUUCAUGGAUUUUUUCUCUCUGUGAUAAGUUCUAAGUAGGAUAUAUUGCAUGCUUAGUUUAUAAAGGACGAGCCACCAGAAUUCACUUUUGAUAUUAUUAAGGAUCAAAUUUUUGAUGCAGUUUUAUAUUGUUAAGAAUUUCUACAUU